AUGCAGGUUCUGAAUUUCGAGACAGAUCAACAACGAUUUCCUCGAAAUGGCGACCAUCCCGUACCUGAAACAGCUACCUGGAGGUGUAACCUGGCGGCUUUAUCACAACGUCGAAAUGUACUCUUCACAGCUAACGGCGCCAACAUCUAUGUAUGGAUUCCGAAGGGAUCCGGCCAGUUGCUUGGCUCCCAACCUGAGAUGAUUAUCCACCCAGUUAUGAAAGAGCCUGAUGCGCAGGGAUACCUUGAUCCUUCAAAACCCCACACAAUCAAUCAUAUUAUUGUGGAUGAUUUGGGAGUUGAUGAAGUUUUGCUCUUAGCAACUGACUCUGGCAACGUCACGGGUUACAACGUUGAAUCUAUUUUCUCGGCAAUCAACCGAUGUGUGAAAUUCCAGCAUACUCGACCAUUUGAUGGAGUGGAAGUGAAACCUUUCUUCGCUGAAAAUGUUGAUUUGAGUGCCUGGGGCUUGGCUACCCAUAAAUUCGCUCGUUUGAUCGCCGUAAGCUCCAAUACGGGUAUCAUCACAGUCUUUGCUUUCGCCAUGGUUGAUGAAGCGUCCGAGAAUGAAAACAUGUCUGAUUCAUCCGAGUCUUCAGGUGCACCAGAUACUAAUGAAUCAGGAAAUAUCUGGCUGUCAAUUAAUUCCCCGGCUCAAUUGAACCAGCUGAAAAAGCAAAUGCCUAAUCACCGGAGACGCAACUUGAGACUCCACUAUACCGGGCAUAAACACAAUAUUCCAUGCGUUUCAUUUGCUAACUUUGAUCUGGACCCCAAUGGAACGUGGAUGGUCAGCACCGAUAUCUUCAACAGAGUGAUAGUAUGGAGCAUUUGGGAUGAGCUAGGCCCUCUGAGGUUGACUGUUUUUGGAGCUCGAGGCAACACCGACGCUCAAAGGGGUUGGUUUGUUUUACCUGUAGACCCACGCAGAGUUCAAAGACAUCGCUUCAAGAUCGAUGCCUGCGGAUGUGAGCUAGAGGAGGACGAGAUUCAUGGUCGGACGAUUUUCGACGUAUCGGGCAUGAAUGAACACCUUACGGACUGGUCUCCGAUCAUGGGUCUCCAAACAUCGAAGCCUCCAGUGAUCUGCCAGCCUUUGCCCGAUGAUGUGUUCUCUCCCGACUGUCUGGUUAACCCAAGAUCUGCAUCCAAAUUUUCGAGCGUGGAGCAUAAUACUCAUUCAUUCGCUGAACGCUCAACCGGCUAUUCUGCCGACGUCAGCUCCAACAGUGAUUCAGGUUCAUCGGCCUCCGUGGACAGCGAGUCCGACAAAAUCGACUCUGGCAACACCGAGGUUCCUGUGGUAACCGUGACACUUUGUGAGAGAGAGUUGGAAGGAAGCUAUCCAUUUCAUCCACAUAACCCCCGAUUCUUCCCGGUUCUUCACUUCUCUGAACAUAAUAUCACCUUGGCUUCUUACCCACUUGACUACGACCUCAACAUUACCGCUCAAUCCCCUCUCCGAUUUAUACGUAGGGAAGGUGGACUUAUCCACGAUUCCUGUGAUCGCAUGAACAUGAUCAAAUACAUCCCCGAAGCAGGGAUCGUUGUAGCCGCUUCCCAGAAAGGUCGAGUCGCCAUCAUAACCCUCACAUGGCAGGAGGAAAUCGGCCACUCAUUCCGCAUUGACUGGAUUCUUCCAUUCAACUCCCAAGAACCCUACCCCAGAGUGCCCCUCAUGGGACUAGCCGUGAGCCCCAUGCCUGGAUUCGAAAUCCCUCCAGACAUCCCUUGCAUCCCUCGAGAUGUCAACCCAAAAGAAUGGUUACAAUUCGACUACCGUCUCCUCAACCCCGAAAUCGACGGAUCUUCCGACUCAGCUCCAUCCGAAAACAACCUUGACUCAACCUCCAUCCCCAACACCAAGUCACCAUCUGCUGGCCAGAGUGACCUUGUGUCUUCCAUCAACGCCUCGGGACCUCAAUCUCGAAAAUUCUAUCCCACCAUGCAACCAAAAGAAGAAGAAGAAGAAGAUGAUGAUGAUCCGAUCUUCACAAUCCCUGAGCUGCACGCGCAUGCCUCCAGAGCCUACCAGCCACAUGAGGACUGGCAUGGGUGGCAUCCAUCUCGGCAUUACCGGCUGCUUCUCCUUUUCUAUAACCACUCAGUCAUGAGCUAUGAGUUCUGGCAUGCGUGGCAGAAUUGA